UACCGCCGGUUCAAUCACAUCUUGGCGCGAGUAAGCACUAGUUCUGAGCAUUGGAAAACCGUUGAUCGGCUGUGAAUGCGGUUCUUUUAUUUUCGGUGAUAUAUUAUUAAAGGAGUAAAAACGAUUGUUGAUUCGUGAAAUUUAUUGCAACGUUUAUUGUAGGUCAGAACAGCUAAGAUGUUUUGGGGAUUGAUUAUAGAACCGAAUAAACGGUAUGCGCAAACCGUAGAACGGUCGUUUCACGUGUCCAUGGCGAGCUUGGACAUUAAUACUGGAGGCUCGUACACCGGGGCUGUUCAAGUAAUGCUUCAUUACGAGAGUCGGACUUUCCUUUUAUGCACGCUGAACAAAGGAACUGCACUGCAAGUUCCACUGGAUCUCAAUUUCCAAGAGGGAACCAAAAUAGCCUUUAGUUCCAAUGGUAGCGGUCUUGUACAUUUGACAGGAUAUCUAGUACCAGAAGAAGACGACCUAGAUGAUGAACUAGAAGAAGAAGAAGAGGACAUUCCACAGCUCGUUGGUAAACCAACUAAACGCAAGGCCACAGAUUCCAUUAAACAAUCUCAGAAUCAUUUGAAACGUCUGAAAGAGACGGAAGUACAAGAAUCUUCUGACGAAGGUGAUGACGAUGAUGAUCUAGAUGAAGAAGAUAAUGGAAGUGAUUCAGAUGAACUGGAAGGUGUGCUAUUGGAUGGGGAAGAGGAGGAAGAUGACGAGGAUGAAGAUGAAGAUGAAGAUGAUGAUGAGGGGGAAGAAGAGGAGGAAGAAGAGGAAGUAGUCAAACCCUCAUCAACCACAAAGAAACAAAAACAACAGAAGCAGCAACAGCAGCAACAAGCACCACCACAAAAACAACAGAACAAAAAGCAAGAAAAGCAGAAAUUACUGAACGGCAAAGAUGUCAAACAAGAUCAGAAACAGCAAGAUAAACAACAAAAGAAAAACAAGCUUGAACAGCAGGUCCAAGCUUCAAAACAGGAACCAAAAAAACGAGUAAUUGAAGGUGGUGUACAAAUAGAAGAAUUAACAGUUGGAUCUGGCCAGCCAGCAAAGUCUGGAAAGUUUGUUUCAGUUUAUUAUGUAGGACGGUUUAAAAAUGGGAAAAAAUUUGAUUCAUGCAGUCAGGGAGAUGGAUUCAAGUUCCGUCUAGGGAAAAAUGAAGUCAUUCAAGGAUGGGAUGUUGGUAUUGUUGGAAUGAAGACUGGUGGAAAAAGACGCAUUACAAUCCCACCAGCUUUGGCAUAUGGAGCAAAAGGUUCACCGCCAGCUAUUCCACCCAACAGUGUACUUGUGUUUGAAGUUGAACUUAGGAAUGUUCAUUAGAACUUAGGUAUACUCCAGAAAAUUGUGGAUGAACAUUUCAAAAACAAUUAACUCUUACUAUCUCCACAGUGUACCUCAUGCAUUUCCGACAUGUCUGGUGAUACUUCUUAAACUUUUCAGGUAUAAAACUUAUAAGUACAUUUUAUUUUUAAUACAAUAGUUUUUAUUAAAUAACUACCAUUGUUACACUCGCAUACUGAAUUUAUUCAAAUACAAACGUGAUGACAGAUUUGAAAACAUUCAAAACAAAGUGUAACUUAUGACAUUACCAAUCUACUUUUCCAAAAAUAUGUGAAAUCGUAUUGCAAAUAUGUAGUUUGAUCUAUUUUUAUUGGCAGUUUUAGGCAGCAUGAUCAAGUCAAAGUUCCAAUUGGGUUAUACUUUUUUUUGUUUAUGAUAACUGGUUCAUAAAAAUCAGUGUUUGUUACAUUUAUGUAAAACGAACUGGACGCAAUCAUCACAAGUUACAAGCCCAAACUUAUUCUCACAUACAUAUAUUGAAACAAAUCUUAGAUCAACGUGAUGCAACUAUAUGAGUACCGUUGUUUUAGAGCCCAUGCGAUUAUCUUAGUAAUUAUCCAACCAGUGAACUACAAUUAUUGAUUUUUUAUGAGAAAAUUGGAACCUAACGUUUAUAAAUAAAUUAAAUUAUAUUAAGAAAGUUUGAGAUGUUAUUUACAGUGUGAUUCCUGCAAAGAUGAGACUUUAUGUUACAUUUUGGUUAACAGCUUUAUUUUUCGUAAAUUUUGUACCAACACUGUAUUGCAGGAUUAGAUACAAACUUGAAAUUUUAAAGUAUUCUAUUAACAUUAAUAAAAGUUCAAAUUAGAUAUAACAAACUACAUCUGCUGCAUUUGAAUAUUCCUAGCAGUAAAACAUGAUUUUUAUCACAAUCAGCUCGUCUUACAUAGCUGAUACGAAAAUUCAAUCAGUUUUAUCUGCGAUCCAUUUGAUCUACAUGUACAUACCCAAAAUGAUUGCUAAAAAUUUCUUAUUAAGUAUAUAGUAACAAAUGUUAGUUCUCUUUAAAGUAAAGUGGAUUCUUACAUACAAUGGUGCAGAACUUGUAUCAGUAGCAAUAAUAAAUGAAAACUAUCACCCUAAUUUACAGUUGGCUAUGGGGUACGAGACUGAAUUAAGUUCACUCGUUAAAAAGAAACUGUAGCAGAGCUAUAGUAUGGAAAUGUAAAUUAUUUCAUUUGCUCGGUGAAAUCUAU